GGUAUAUAUAGUUGAAUUACCAUGUUUCUUAAUAGUAUAUAGGGUGAGUUUUGCUGAUGAACUAUUGGAACAAAAAUCAGUGAGAAACAAAGUGGAGACAGGUAGGAUCUGAAAAUCCUUUUAAAGUUAAUCAUAUGAUAGCUAAGUUCUACCAACAUGUAAUUUAAUAAAAAAUAAAAAGAAAUCUGUUAUAUUUAUAUAAUUCUAAUAAGAAUAUUUUAAGUAACUAGUCCUUAUUUUCAUGGUUUAUAGAAAUGUAACUUUUUUUUCCAAUUCUUCUCUUUAAAUCCUUUCUUGACAGUUUCCAACAGAGAUCACUGCUUUUGUGAAAAAUUAACAGGGAACUGCACUUUAUGGUCAAAAUAAUUAAACUAGAAAAACCUCUCCAAUUCAGUUAUUCUCAUCUAAAAACUAUUUUUAUGUGAAAAUCUAAAUUCUUUGGUCAGAUUCCCAAAAUACCCAAUUGUGACAAUAACUUUGCAAAUGACUUUGUUAAAAUUCAAAGCAGAAAAUGUGUUUGGCUGCAUCACAGCAUUGUUUCUGGCUUGUAGCUUGUUUGGACAUGGUAAUGUUCACUUACUGCUCCAGUAUGUCAUUUAUGUUUUGUUAGGAGUCAGUAAUGUGUAGUGCUUUUCUUUCUUACAUAUUGUACAGCGCUGUGGAAUAUGUUGGUGCUAUAUACUAAUUGUAAUUGUCUCUAGUUUUUUAGUAGUAUGCAUUAGGAUUUGUUCUAGCUGUUAACUGUUAUAUGCAGGGCCAGGCUGUUCCAAGGUCAGUUUCCUCAAUAAACCCCCCUCAUACAGUAUAAACAUACAUAAAUCCAAUAUUUGCAAGGUAUUUUUGAGCAUCGAGGGACUUAGGCAAUCAUACCAGAGCAAUAGAAAAGUGGAAGGGAAACAAAUCCGCCUAACGUUUUUUCAAUUAAUUAAACAGUUUAAUAAAACUUGCGGUAAUGUGCAGUGUGUCUUGAGUUAUCACACAGUAAUGUGUAGUGUGUAUGAGUGCAUCGCAGAGUUCUCAGCAAUAAAACUCACAGUAAUGUGUAGUGUGUAUGAGUGCAUCGCAGAGCUCUCAGCAAUAAAACUCACAGUAAUGUGUAGUUUGUAUGAGUGUAUCAUAGAGCUCCACAGUAACAACCCCCCUCCCUCCCGCCCCCCCCAAAAAAACAAACCCCAGUAAUGUGCAUAAUGUAGGAAUGUAUCACAGAGCUCCCCUUAACAAUGCUAACAGUACUGUUACUGUGUUAAGGUGUGUCACAGAGCAAUAUACCAAUAACACUCAGUUAUGUACAUAGUAUAUUGAUGUAUCAUGGCGAGAGGGAUUGGAGAGAUGGAAGGUUAAACAAGGGAGAGAUUGGAAUAAUUGGAGCAUAAGGAAGGAUGGAAACAUAGGGAUAGCUGGGAGUACUGGGUGUGAGGACAAUAAGGAGAGAUGGGUUGGAUUAAUAAGAGGACAUGAAAAGAGGGAUGAAUUUAGAGUAAUGGGGGGACAGGGAUUAGAGUGAUAGCAUUUGAAUGGUAGAGAAUGAUGUGAAGAUAGUAAUGCAGUGAUGGGAGUGGGGGUGUUAGAAUUAAGGAUUAGUGUGAUGGUAGCAUAGUAAUGAGAGAUAGUGGUGACUGGAAAUGUUUGCACCACAACUGUUAGUGGCACAGGAAACAUGUGAGUGUUGUAGCCUCCUUGUAAGUGGGGACUGAUGGGAAAGAGGAAGUUGUGUGAUGUCACAUCCCGGCUCACUGCAGGCUCCUCUCACUAGGAGGAAACAGCAGAGAUUAGUGUCAGGCUGGCACAUUGCCUGGCACUGCCCCUGCACUAUACCAUCACCAGGGGGGUACAGGCAUUACCACAGUAAGGGGCCCACUCAGGGGGGUACAGGCAUUACCACGGCAAGGGGCCCACUCAGGGGGGUACAGGCAUUACCAGGGUAAGGGGCCCACUCAGGGGGGUACAGGCAUUACCAGGGUAAGGGGCCCACUUAGGGGGGUACAGGCAUUACGGCAAGGGGCCCACUCAGGGGGGUACAGGCAUUACCAGGGUAAGGGGCCCACUCAGGGGGGUACAGGCAUUACCAGGGUAAGGGGCCCACUCAGGGGGGUACAGGCAUUACCACGGCAAGGGGCCCACUCAGGGGGGUACAGGCAUUACCGGUACGUGGCCCACUCAGGGAGGUAAAGGCAUUACCACGGCAAGGGGCCCACUCAGGGGGGUACAGGCAUUACCACGGCAAGGGGCCCACUCAGGUGGGUACAGGCAUUACCACGGCAAGGGGCCCACUCAGGGGGGUACAGGCAUUACCAGGGUAAGGGGCCCACUCAGGGGGGUACAGGCAUUACCACGGCAAGGGGCCCACUCAGGGGGGUACAGGCACUACCACGGCAAGGGGCCCACUCAGGCAGGUACAGGCAUUACCACGGUGAGGGGCCCACUCAGGGGGGUACAGGCAUUAAUGGUACGGGGCCCACUCAGGGAGGUAAAAGCAUUACCACGGUAAGGGGCCCACUCAGGGGGGUACAGGCAUUACCCUGUAAGGGGCCCACUCAGGGGCUAAAGGCAUUACCGGUAAGGGGCACACUCAGGGGGGUAAAGUAUUACCACGAUAAGGGGCCCACUCAGGGAGGUACAGGCACUACCACGGCAAGGGGCCCACUCAGGCAGGUACAGGCAUUACCACGGUGAGGGGCCCACUCAGGGGGGUACAGGCAUUACCGAUACUGGGCCCACUCAGGGAGGUAAAGGCAUUACCACGGUAAGGGGCCCACUCAGGGGGGUACAGGCAUUACCACGGUAAGGGGCCCACUCAGGAUGUAGAUGCAUUACCACAAUAUGGGGCCCACUCAGGGGGGUACAGGCAUUACCACAGUAAGGGGCCCACUCAGGGAGGUAAAGGCAUUAGCAGGGUAAGGCGCCCACUCAGGGGGUACAGGCAUUACCACAGUAAGGUGCCCACUCAGGAGGUAAAGGCAUUACCACGGUAUGGGGCCCACUAAGGGUAGUACAGACAUUACCACAGUAAGGGGCCUACUCAUGGGGGUACAGGCAUUACCCUGUUAAGGGGCCCACUUAGGUGGGUGCAGGCAUUACCCUGGUAAGGGGCCCUCUCAAGUCAGGGAGUCAACAAGAUAUCCUGAAGAGUGGGACCCCUACUUGGGAACAUUGCCGGGUCCCCUUUACUCUAUAGCAAGCCUGUGAGGAUAUGACAUCAGAGAACUUCUUCCCAGCAUUACAGUGGAGAGCAAGAGGAGUUGGGAAUGUGCGUGGGCUGCCCGCUAUUGCUGUCAAUAUUUAUAAGUUUGUGUGUGUACAGUGAGGGAAAAAAGUAUUUGAUUCCCUGCUGAUUUUGAACGUUUGUCCACUGACAAAGAAAUGAUCAGUCUAUAAUUUUAAUGGUAGGUGUAUUUUAACAGUGAGAGACAGAAUAACAAAAAAAAAUCCUAGGUUCUGCAGUGGGCCUUGUAAAGAUAUACGGUCCAGUUGAGGAGAUAUAACUACCGUAUAUACUCGAGUAUAAGCUGAGUUUUUCGGCACAUUUUUUGUGCUGAAAAAUCCCCACUCGGCUUAUACUCGAGUCAAUGUCUGUAUUAUAGCAACAUACAUUGCCAUAAUACAGACCAGGACCGCCGGGCUCAUUGCAAGCCCGGCGGUCCUGUUGGGGGCUGGCAGAGAGCUGUAACUUACAUUUCCUGCAGCUCCUGUCAGCUCCCUUCUCCUCCAUGCAGCUCCCCUGUCAGCUCCGUUCUGCUUACAGUGUAAGUCUCGUGACACCUGCGGCCGUCAGAGCGUUGCCAAGGGUUACCGUGGCAAUGCUCCGCGCGGCACGCAGACCGCGAGACUUACACUGUAAGCAGAACUGAGUUGACAUGGGAGCUGCACGGAGGAGAAGGGAGCUGACAGGAGCUGCAGGAAAGGUAAGUUACAGCUCUCUGCCAGCCCCCCCACUGCACAGCCCAUCCCCUGGACAGGGUUUAACAUAGCCCCCCUCCCUGGCAAGACAACAAGCAGGGAGGGGGGACAAAAAACUAUUAAAUAAAAAAAAUACAAAUAUUAAAAUAUAAUAAUAUUAAAAUAAUAAUAAUAUUAUAAUAAUAAUAUUAAGAUAAAAUAAUAAUAUUAAAAUAUAAUAAUAUUAAAAUAUAAAAAUUAAAAUAAUAAAAAUGCCCUCCCCUCACCCAGUUUACACACACUACACAAACACACACACACUGCAUUCACACAAACACACACUGCAUUAUAGACACACACUGCAUUCACACAAGCACACACUGCAUUAUAUACACACACAAUUCAUUCACACAAACACACACUGCAUUACAUACACACACUGCAUUACAUACACACACACUGCAUUCAUUAUAUACACAAACAAACACAAACACACACACUGCAUUCAUUAUAUACACACACUGUAAAUAAAUAUUCAAUUAAUGUAAUUUUAUUGGGAUCUAAUUUUAUUUAGAAAUUUACCAGUAGCUGCUGCAUUUCCCACCCUAGGCUUAUACUCGAGUCAAUAAGUUUUCCCAGGUUUUUGUGGUAAAAUUAGGGGCCUCUGCUUAUAUUCGGGUCGACUUAUACUCGAGUAUAUACGGUAUCUCACAUAACCAGGCCACAUUGUAGAACUCCUGUGUGAGACCCUUACUGGGAGGUGCUGACUGAUCUCUUUCUCUUCCUCCCAAGGUCUGAAGAAGUUCCACCUGGGGCACCACAGAUCCCUUCUGGACCCCAGUUAAGCCACACUCCAGCUACAAGAGGUAGGAAACCAAAAGAGUGAAUUAAAAUAUAUUUCUGAAUGUAUUUGUCUUACAGUGUGAGUGUAUUCAUGUGAGUGUCUAGAGAGCAGGGCCGGACUGGCCCACCGGGAUACCGGGAAAUUUCCCGGUGGGCCGCGGCACCUAAGGGCUGCACAGCUCUAAUUCUUCCCUCUUAAAUAGAGGGAGCCAUGUGGACAGCUUGAGCAUCAAAGCGGCGGCCGCUGGCUGCAUGUAAGUUUUGCCGUGUGCCCGUCCAUUGGCACACUCUGAGGGGGCCAGCCGCGUUUAAUAGUUACCUUGCGGCCGGCCCUUUAGUGUAUGAUGGUGCCGCCGGGACGGGUAGUGAGUGUGCCGGUCUGGCGGCACACUCACGGAUACUGACAGCCAUGCAGCUGUCAGUAAGCAUUGAAGGACUGAGGGAGGGGGCGGAGCUAACUACAAUGCUCCCAUGCGGUUCCCACAAUUCCCAGCACAGCCACAUCAUAGAGUAGUGAUUACUCUAUGAUGUGUCAAUGCAGGAAAUUGUGGGAUCCACAUGGGAGCAUGAUGGAGAGAGAGAGAGACAACAGCACAUCGCUGUCCCUGCCGUUCCAGAUCCGAUUUCAGACAAGGUCAGCCUCAGUGGGUGAAGGAGAGAAACAGUGGGAGGGGGAGAAAGAGACAGAGGAAGAAGAGAGACACAGGCGGGAGAGUGAGAUAGAGGGGUAGUAGGAGAGAAAGAGGGGGAAGAGAGAGACACAGGGGAGGGGAAGAAAGAGGGGGAAGAGAGAGAGACACAGGAGGAAGGGAGAGAAAGAGACAGAGGAGGAAGAAAGAAAGAGGAGGGAAGAAAGAGACAGAGGAGGGAGAGGGAGACAGAGGGAUAGUGGGGGAGAAAGAGGGAGAAGAGAGAGACAGAGGGGGAGAUGGGGAGAAAGAGGGGGGAGAGAGACACAGGAGGAAGGGAGAUAAAGAGACAGAGGAGGAAGAAAGAGAGAUGGGGAGGAGGGAAAAAGAGACAGAGGGGGAGAAAGACAGAGGAGGACGAGAGAGACAGGUGGAGGGGGAGAAAGAGACAGAGGAGGAAGAGAAAGGGACAAAGGGACUGGGGGGAGGCAAAGAGACACACAGAAGGUUUGCUGGGGGACAAAGAGACAUACAAAAGGUUUGUGGGGGACAAAGUGAAACACAAAAGGUUUGUGGGGGACAAAGCUGGGUUGGGGGAAAAAGAUGCACACAGAGGUACUGGGGGAGACAAAGAGACACACAGAAGGUUUGCUGGGGGGGACAUAGACACACACACAAGGCGAUGGGGGAAGAGACAUACAGAGGGCUGGAGAAGGGUAAAAAGAGACACACAGGCUGGGGUGAAGUAAAAGAUACACAAGUUGAAAGACACAUAAGGGGGGUUGUAAGAGACACAAAGGAGAAAAAUUGGAGACAAGAUACACUAAACGAGUUAAAAAAAAAUCAAGAGGGAAUAACAAACACAAGAAAACAGCAACACAUUCAAAAGGGGGUUAAGAUAAACACAAGAGAAGAUGCAUUUUUUUGUGUGUGUUUGGGGGUGAUGCAUUUUCGCCUGUGCUGGCGCGGCGCAUUGUUGGGCUGAUAUAGAAUUUUUUCCAGGGCUGCUUUUAGUUCCCAGUCCGGUACUGCUAGAGAGAGUGUGUUGUCUGUGUGUAUCUGAAACAGUAUUUCUGGCAGUCAUUAUCUUUGGGUGUGUUUGUCAGUGUGUAUCAAUUUUAUGUGUGUGUGUUUAUGUCUAUGUAACCAUUAUUGUACCUGUGAGCAUGGUAUCUGUGUUUAGGGGUGUGUGUGUUUUGGGGGUCUGGCCAUUGGGGUUAUAAGGGACUCAAAGAGUUGUAACGGCAGCCCAGGAAAUCUAUAAAGGUUGGCUCUGGAGAAGCACUGCAUCACUUGGUGCUGGUAAAACUGAUCUGCAACAGAUUGAAAAAGUGAAAAAGACGUGUUACCAAAAUGGCAGCUUGGGACAUGUAGUCUGUUAUGGAGAACACUCCAUCGGGCCGCCCCAAACUUUGGAGAAUCCAGACUGCUUAUCGGAAUAACUGAUAACUAGCAAUAUUUUGUUGUGCUAUAAUUAUUUGUAUGCAUGAAACAUGCAUCAGACAUAUGUCAGAAAAUUAUGGGACAGGCAUCAUCUACUGUAUGGUCAUCUAUCAAUGUAUCCUUUUGGCAACAAACUCAAUUAAUGUACUAAACCAGUGUUUUUUAACAGGGACCCAAAUUCUACAUAAGGUAUAGGUUUUGGUGACCUGGGUCUCAAGUUAUAAUUUUUGGAUAAGAGGAUAAGAUUUUCUAAUUAUUUAAUAUUUUGAUAUUUUUUUUUUUAUAUAUGAUAUAUUUUUUAUAUUUUAAUAUUUUUGAAAAAUCAUUUGCAAAGCUUAUGCAAAGAUAUUAAAUAUAGUCUUUGAUUUGUAAAAUAAGUGUAGUGAUUCGGUCUCUGUAUCUCUUUCUGUUCAAGCCAAACUGGACCCUCUAAAAUUCCCCUGGGGUCUUUAGCUGCUGUGCUAAAUAUGAGACUGCUAGGGGAGAUGUAGUUUCUAAUCUUAGCCAUCAAAUACAUAAUUUCAUGACAAGACAACAUAAAGCAAAGCUGAUUCUUGCCACCAGCACACAGGGAAUUGAAUAGCUUCUCUGACAAUGCUAAAAGCUCAUAAUUCACUGGGGAGGACAUCAUCUCUGUGCAUUAUAAUUUUUGCAAAUCUAAUUGCUCAUUAAAGUAACAUGUAGAUCUGUCUGUCUGUCUGUCUGUGAGUGCUGCCUGAUAUUGAGAUAUUGAUGGGAGUUGCAGUCUCAUGAUUUUGAUAUUUUAACACCCCCCCUGCUUUUUUAAUUUUAAUUACAGCAGGUUGCCCUCAGGAGUGUAACUCACUCUAAUCUCAGCAGGCUGGAACAUGUAUGUCUCAAUUCUGCCUGAGAUUAUGGCCUAUGGUUUACACAAAGAUGAUUUGUGCAUUACUUUCCUUUCAAUGUGGCAAUAAUUGCAGGGAUGACAUCAGUAGCUGUGCAGUAUGUGAUUAUAAACCACCAUUCAUGUAAUGUAUUCUUAAACAAAGACAGACAGACAGACAGACAGACACAUAGAUAUAUAGAUGUUACUAUGUUACUACAUACUGCAUACAAUAAUGCAAUCAUAUCAAUGUUAUCUAUUUGUUUUGGCAAAAGGUAUGAAAGCGUCCAAGAACGUAUCUGAAAAUACUGCAAAAAGCAAAAAUACCCUAAACUACUUUGCCGUUUAUAUUGAAGAAACAGACUAGGAUUGCAUGAUGGCAUUUUCAGGACAAAAACUCUCUAGGAAGAAUAUUGCUCUGGUUAUUUUUAUACAAAUAUGUUUGGCUGUGUUAUUGGUAACAGUCUAUCAAAUGAGCAACACUCAGAAAGAAUGGAUAUCUAAUCAACUAGAUAAAACCCAGUUUGAACACGCUAAAGUCAUUCUUCUUUGGACUUUCCCAUUUGGUCAGAAAUUUCAACUCAAUAAAUGUCCUCCUCACUUUGAUCCAUCUGGAUGCUUUUUUACUGAUAACAGAGAAUUAUAUUCCAUAGCAAAUGCAGUUAUUUUCCACCACAAAGAUGUAAGUAGAACAAAAAGGCAGUUACCUCAAAGCCCUCGACCUAUCUACCAAUACUGGAUUUGGUUUAACAUGGAAUCUCCAUCACAUACCAGAAAUCUACACUUCAUGGAAAAUAAAUUUAAUCUCACCAUGUCUUACAGAGCAGAUUCUGAUAUUUUCACACCAUAUGGCUACCUAGAGAAUAAGAAAUCAGAUCAGAACUUCACCAUCCCUACAAAGACCAACCUUGUUGCCUGGAUAGUCAGUAACUGGUACCCCACUUCAAAGAGAAUUCAAUAUUAUAAGGAACUUAAACAUUACGUAACUAUUGACAUUUAUGGAAAGCACCAUCUUCCAUUAUCAAGUGAUAUUCAGGUAGACACUUUGUCCAAAUACAAAUUUUACUUGUCCUUUGAAAACUCUGCCCAUGAAGACUAUAUCACAGAGAAGCUCUGGUACAAUGCACUCACAUCUGGAACAGUUCCAAUUGUUAUGGGUCCAUCACGUAAAAAUUAUGAACGUUUUAUUCCUUCACACUCUUUCAUUCAUGUAGAUGACUUCCCUAGUGCUCAGGAACUGGCUGCUUAUCUCUUGGAGUUAGACAAGGAUGAUGAAAAAUAUCAACAAUAUUUCAACUGGAGGGCUAUGUAUCAAUCAUCCGGACAGUUCGAUUGGGAACACAUUUACUGCAAAGUCUGUAAGGCAUUAGAAGCGGCUCCUGUAUAUAGGACCAGACCAAGCAUUGAGAAAUGGUUUAGAUAACUAUACCAUGAGAGAAGACAUUGUUUUUUUUUUCCAUGAUGGGGAAAUAAUCUUCAGAAAAUAUGUAAUGAUGGCUGUUCAUGCUUUGUGUCUGGAGUGUCACUUUAAUCUGAUCUCAUAAACUUGUUUAAAUUUCUGUUCAUAAUAACAGUCAUAUUGACAAACAUAAACGUAAUGUAAUGUAUUUGAUAUACUUUGUCUUAAUUAAUAAGUUAUAUUUCUACUGCUUAAAGCUUUUAAAUAAAUACAAUAUUUUCCAGAACUCUGCGCCAUAAGCCUGCCGCUUUUGUGACAUCCCUUUCUUCAAAAAAAAAAAAAAAAUCUAAUAAUUUGCCAUCUACAUGUACAAAUCAACCACUAAAAUAAUUAGUGGAACCUUCUUCUGGAAGCCAAGCAGUCUUUGUUAGAAGAAGAGAACAUCCAGGCAGGCACACAGUACAUGCCUCUAUUGAAGAAGAGGGCUAGCAACCUUGUUUGAGGGGUAAAUUAGGCAUGUACAAUAACAGAAAUCUGUACAUCAAAAAAUACAGCACAGUCAAGCAUUGGUGAGUAGGUUGGUGGAAUAGAGUAAGCAUCAAAAAAACCCGACCAGGAGAAAGUGUAUUCCAAUUACAAAGAAUUUAUUAAUAACAAGAUAAAAAAGUGAGUUAUGAAGUACACACUAUGUCUUUUGCAAUAAAACUAGGUUAAAAAAAAAUGUGUGUAGGGUUCUGGCAUCUUUCUCUUGCAUAGCUGCACAUAAUACAAAAAUCCUGGGUAAAUGAUGAAGGGCUCAUGUGACCACAACCACAGUGAUGUAAUUUCUCAUAUCCAACAUGGUCCCUGGUUUAAUAAUCUUGGAUAAGCUUUUCAAAUAAUUUAAUAUUAUUGAAUGCAUUUUUAAAAUGAUG